CGCACAUGCGGGAGUAAGUCGUUGCCAUUGCAAAGACGAUCAUUGCCCGAUUAGGCGGAAGUGCAUUCGACACAAGAAGUACAUUCGUUAAUUGUCUUACUUCGUUAUAUAGUUCUUAAUUUCAUUAAAAUCAUGAGUUGGGAUUCAUACAUUGAUAAUUUAUUGGCUCAGACCAAGGAUUCAAGUGGAGCUGCCCAUGCAGACAAAGCCUGUAUAAUCGGUCUGGACGGCGGAGCUCCAUGGACUACUGCAGGACACGCCAAUGCAUUGAAGUUGCAGGGCCAAGAGGGACCCAACAUAGCUAGGUGUUUCAAAAGCAAAGAUUUCACUCCGUUCAUGUCAGGUGGUAUAUUAUGCGAAAGUACCAAAUAUCAGUUUUUGAGAGAAGAAGAUAAGAAAUUGGUUUUGGGCAAAAAAAAGGAGCAUGGUGCCAUUACGUUACAGGCAUCUAAAACGGCCAUCGUUAUCGGCCAUUGUCCUGAAGGCAGCCAACAAGGAAAUUUGAAUAAGGGUGUCGCUGUAAUUGCCGAAUAUCUAGAAUCGAUGAAUAUGUAGAAGUGGAAAUAGCCCGUACCGUGGAGACCAAAGCAGUUUACCAACCGAUUACCUAUGAAUGGCUUUUGCGUUUGUUAAUACAUUUUCAGAAUUUGAACUUCACAACUGUAGGCCAGGCUAGGCCUAGAUAGAUGUAGCAAGAACAUUUGCAUUUGUUAUCUUCAAAAACGAGAGUAAAAAUUACGCUAUAAUAAUCAUUAUUAUUAAUGUGGACUUAAUUAGAUUGUUCCUCGUCGAUUCGUAACAUCACACCUGACUCGUGAAAUACCAUCAAGCUGGAAUAGUUUGUCAUGUGAACAAAAAGCCGGUUUAGGAUUUUCACACACGUACUGUACUACUAAUGAUAUUAUUAAUCACAUUACUUUAUCUUGAAAAUUGAUAUCAAUGUGAUUAAAACUCAAACAUUGGACAUUUUUUCCUAAGCAAACAAGAGAUCAAGAAGGUGGCUUCCAGUGAUGUGUUGCAAUGUUGCUUCAAAGGAAUUAUGGGAUAGCUUUGCAUGCCAACUUCACAAGAAUAUGAAAACUUUUUCAGAACUUUGAUUUUGAUAAUAGUCAGAGAUGAGGAAAUCUCGAGUCAAAUAUAAUUAUGUUUAAAUUUCUAGUGACUUAUCUUCUCUAAAAUUGACAAUUCAACAAUAUGAACAUUUAAAAAUAAUUUUAGUUUUGCCCAAGAUAAUAAAUAAUUUGUAUGUAGUUUUAUUGACCAGUAAUAUACAGGCUUAUAUUUUUGGGUAUACUCUACUCUUAUUGCAUCCUCAAUUGACCAAACAUAUUAGAUUUUGCCACUCUUAUCAUUUAGUAGGCCUAGCAUUUUUAAAGUAAUAACACUUGUGUUCUUUAUAACAAACUUUCAAGUAUAUAUAGAGGCGUACUAACCUAUUAAUAUGUGAUAAUUUAAUACAAAAUUCCCCUGUUGAAUCAGCAGAAACAAUAAAUGACAUCCCAUAUUUAAA